AUGAGAAGGACCCGCACCGUCGGGGUUCUCCUGAAACAGCCAAACAUGUGCUUCCUUGUGUGCGCCUGUGGCGAUCCUAUCACCGCUCAAUGCCAGGCAUUCAACAGGAUACUUGCUGUGGGCCCGGAAUCCCUUUGCGAAAAUUCCUUCCUAGAAAAGCGCCGCUCAGGCAAGAUCACAACUUCGCUCAUGAUUCAGGUUGAAACUAGGGUACAUGCCUGCCUGAUCGUGACCAGCACCGUUGUCCCAUCGGCCAGACCGAGGAUGAAGGCGCUAUCUGACGGGUAUUUCCAAACUAGAGACGUGACCGGCACCGGUCCUGUGAGCAGAAGCAUCAUUUGUCCCGACUUCACAGACCAGACAGCGGCUUUACCAUCCAAGCUCCCCGCAGCAAUGAGAGUGGUCCCCGGGCUCAAGCUAAGACAGGUCACUGCUUUUGUGAAAGGGACUGUUAAAUUUCGAGUGGCUCCAGCUUUAGUCAUGGAAGAAGGCGGCUCCGCUAAUGCUAAUCGACGGACUCCAAAUCAUUACACUAAGAGAUUGAGACGUCUAUCAACAGGAACUAGUGAAGACGACACCAUUAAACGCCUUUUUGCCAAACCACGGCAGCCUGGUCUCCCUCCUCCUCCUCCUCCUCCUCCUCCUCCUCCUCCUCCUCCCAUUCCUCCGCCCUGCCUAUUGCCUACGCUAGCUGUAGUCAUCGGGCUGACAGCUUGCGUCGCUUGUGCUAUGCUACUAUCGCAUGCUUCUCACUGUGUCUAUAAAACUGGCGAGGUCUUCAAUUGCGUUGUGCUCAACAAAGAUUGGCGGCUGCGUUUACCCUAUGACAUCAGCUUUGCGGAUCAUAUCUUGCUCACACGGCUAGACACCGACCGGGAGGAACAUAAUGCCUUGCAGGAGUCCAAGAACAUUAUGGAAGGCUUACGACGAGCUUACGACGCGCUCGAAGAAAGAGUGGAUAAGUUGGAGCAGAGUGCUCUUUCUUGUUCUACCCUUGCAGAAAGGGUGAUUGGACUCGAGCUAGAGGCUAUUUCUCGUAAAGAACUCAGCAGCCACAUUGAAGAGACUUUGCAACGCCAUUCCUUCGGUCACGCCAGCCUUCCUGACUUUGCCCUCAGUUCUUCCGGUGCCGAAGUCAUUUCUCUUCUCACAACAUCGCCCAGGAGCUACCGUAUCCCAUUCCUGUCCCCAAAAGCACAUCCACCCGAGCUUGCCUUGAAACCAAACAAAGAAGUGGGCUCCUGCUGGCGCAUUGAUGCUCGACACGGGCAGCUCGGUAUCCUUUUGGCAACAAAAGUCGUGGUUACGCAUGUCACUCUCGAACAUGCCCCAAAGCAAUUGACACCAGAGAUCGAACUGGCUCCCAAGCAAGUCGUGCUAUGGGGCAUGGUGAACGAAACAGAGAGGAAGCGCUUCACUAAAGCAGUUUCAUUACCUCAAAACUUGACUCAAGAACUCAAUGCUCGAUCAUCGCCUCCCAUAUCCCGAGACGGAACCUUUGUGCCACUGGCCUUUUUCAAUUACAGCAUACAUUCGCUAACACCGGUUCAAACCUUUCCUGUGUUGGAGGGUGUGCGCGAUCUCGGAGUUGCUUCAGAGGUGGUCGUGCUAGAGAUUGUGGAUAACUGGGGGAGCUCUGCAACAUGUCUAUACCGUGUACAGGUACACGGCGAAAAAAUCCACGGGCAAAGCGCAAGAAGGUCAAAAAUCAGCGAAGCCUUAGAUCGAGUUCUCACCGGGUUACCGAAUCACCAUUGGCCGAGGACAUUCAAGCCUAUUGCGCCAGGUUCGAGCCUGCAGCCGGUCUCUUCGCUCCGUCUGACACUUGUCCUUGUUAUGCAAGAGAGGGCUAUGGACAUUUUCAGCGGUGUGCGGGAGCCAAGGGAUCCGAGCGCUUACUUUGCACCGCCAAAAGACAGUCACCAUUGGAUGGCUAAAUUCAAAACGAUAACCUUACAAGCCGACGCGUGCAUAUCAAUGUAA